AUGAGGCGGCGCCGGUGGCUCCUCGGGACCAUCUCUUCUCGUUGCUCCCUCUUCGCGUCCAUCCUCAUUUUGCUGGCUCCGAUCUGCUUGUCGUCUGCCGAGCAGGACCCCGCGGCGGCCGAGAGGGCGGCGCUGCUCCAGUUCAAGAGCGGCGUCUCGUCCGAUCCCACAGGGUUGCUCUCUCUGUGGAGGGAUUCCGCAGGGUCCGACCAUUGCUCCUGGCCCGGGGUGUCCUGCGAUGCGAGGUCCAGGGUCUCGGCGGUCGAUAUCUCCGGCGGCGGCGGCGAUCGCCUCCUCGACUCCGCUCUGCCGGCGCCGCUCCGCUGGAAAUGCUCAGAUCCGGCGGCGAGGUUGGCAGGGAGGCUGUCCCCUGCUGUCGGUCGACUAUCGGAGCUCAAGAUGCUUGCUCUCCCGUGCCACAGCUUCGACGGAGAGAUUCCUGGUGAAAUCUGGGGGUUGCAGAACCUGGAGGUGCUUGAUCUGCAGGGGAACUCCAUCUCCGGCGUCCUCCCUUCGAGGUUACCGGAGGGCCUGCGGGUGCUGAACUUGGCCUUAAACCGGAUCCGCGGCGAGGUACCGUCUUCCCUCUCCAGGUGCUUGAAUUUGGAGAUGGUGGACCUGUCGGGCAACCACAUCAAUGGCGCGGUUCCUCCCUUCUUCACCCAUCUCCCGAAGCUCAGGGUGCUUUCUCUCUCCUUCAACCGGCUGCGCGGUUCUGUUCCUGGCGAGAUCGGAAAAGGAUGUCGAAGCCUCGAGCACCUUGAUCUUUCGGGGAAUCUUCUGGUCGGCGAGAUUCCUGCCAGUCUUGGGAAUUGCGGUGAACUGCGAUCUCUCCUCUUGUUCUCCAAUCUUCUCGGAGGGCUCCUUCCCCCAGAGAUUGGGCGGCUCACAAGGCUUCAGAUCUUGGAUGUGUCCAUGAAUAGGUUGAGCGGCCCUGUUCCGAAAGAACUCGGCAAUUGCAUCGAGCUAUCUGUUCUUGUUCUGUCAAACGCUUACCGCCCAAUCGGCGUCGGCGGCGGUGGCUGCCAUGGCAAUGAGUCCAACCAUUUCGGAGGUGGGCUUCCGGAGAGCGUCACCGGCCUGUCGAUGCUUAGGGUUCUGUGGGCUCCAAGGUCCAAGCUGAAAGGCAGGAUUCCGAGCCACUGGGGCGCCUGUGAGAGGCUGCAAGUUCUCAAUCUAGCUCAGAAUCUUUUCACAGGGAAUAUUCCGGCGGGGCUCGAGCGGUGCAAGAAUCUCAAGUACCUGAACCUGAGCUCGAAUUUCUUGACGGGAAGGUUGAAGGAGGGACUCCCCGUGCACUCCAUGAACGUUUUCGAUGUCGGUGGGAAUAGACUCUCAGGCGGCCCUGUUCCCAGAUUCUCCUCCAACUUCCUCUGUUCUUCCACCAAGUUCCUCGCCGUGGACGAUCGUCAUCUCUCAUCUGCAUACUGUUCGUUCGUCGCAUCGUCGUUGUCCUCCUCCAGAUCCGAUCAAUUUACAGUGCUUCAAAGAUCGACGGAGCCGCCGCCGUCAUUGCCGAUAGUUCCAGGGCAACAGAAGGAGCAGGCGUACAGUGCUUUCAUGGCGGCACCUCUGAACGUACGGAGAGUCGCUCUCGGAAGCCCCCAGCUGUAUAACAGCACGCCACCGGAGGGCUCGCCGGAGAAGAGCAGGAGGUUCCUGAGCUCCAUCGAGAUCGCCUCGGUGGUCUCCGCCGCCGCCAUCGUUGCCGUCCUGCUGGGUUUGAUCGUCCUCUACGUGUACACGAGGAACUGCGCCGCCCCUCGCGCGGCCGCCGCCGCCGCCGGCUCUUUCGGAAACCGGGAGCUGACCCUAUUCACCGACAUCGGUGUGCCGCUGACCUACGAGCGGGUGGUCCGCGCCACGGGGGGCUUCAACGCGAGCAACUGCAUCGGCAGCGGCGGCUUCGGCGCCACCUACAAGGCCGAGAUCUCCCCCGGCGUGGUGGUGGCGAUAAAGCGGCUCUCCAUCGGCCGCUUCCAGGGGGUGCAGCAAUUCCACGCCGAGAUCAAGACCCUCGGCCGGUGGCGCCACCCAAACCUGGUCACCCUCAUCGGAUUUCACGUCAGUGAGGCCGAGAUGUUCCUCAUCUACAACUUCCUCCCCGGCGGCAACCUCGAGAGGUUCAUCCAAGCGAGGCGGAACACCGCGGCGGACUGGUGGCGCCUCCACCGCAUCGCGCUUGACGUGGCGCAGGCGCUGACCUACCUCCAUGACGACUGCUCCCCGAGGAUCCUCCACAGGGACGUGAAGCCCAGCAACAUCCUACUGGACAAGGAACUCAACGCGUACCUCUCGGAUUUCGGGCUGGCGAGGCUGCUGGGGAGCUCGGAGACGCACGCCACCACCGGCGUGGCGGGGACCUUCGGGUACGUGGCCCCGGAAUACGCCAUGACCUGCAGGGUCUCCGACAAGGCGGACGUGUACAGCUACGGCGUGGUGCUGCUGGAACUGCUCUCGGACAAGAAGGCGCUGGACCCGUCUUUCUCGCAGUACGGGAACGGGUUCAACAUCGUCGCGUGGGGGUCGAUGCUCCUGCAGCGGGGAAAGGCCAGGGAGUUCUUCGCCGAUGGCCUCUGGGACACCGCCCCACACGACGACCUGGUGGAGACUCUGCAUCUGGGCGUCAUGUGUACUCUCGAUUCCAUGUCCAUCCGCCCCACCAUGAAGCAGGUCGUUCAGCGGCUCAAGCAGCUCCGCCCCCCCCAACCACCACCACCACCACCACCACCGUCGCCACCACCCUGUGUGUCCUAG